AUGGUUCGAAUCACCGCCAUUACAUCGUCGCAUGCGAUACGGAAGGUGAUGGAGGUGGAGUUCCUGGGUCGAUGGAUGUACAGUGACUGCCAGCAGAAGGGAAUGCUGGAACGAGUCGAUCCAUCCGACACCUUCACCGUCGCCCUCUUCUCAAUUCCCCUUUUACUUCUCGAUGACGCCCUUUCCCCUUAUUUUUUUUUCUUCUUUGAAUUCUUUAUCCCCCAUUCAGUUUAUCGUUUCGUUCUGGUCAUCUCCGCAUUGGUCUCGACAUUUAUUUUGUUGGCAAAGGCAAAAAAGAAGAACCUGGUUACCGGAUUCUAG